AUGUAUAUUCACAAAAAAGAAAAUAUGAAUUUGCAUAUGAACAACAAUUUCAGUGGUUUAAAUAAUCAUAUAUAUAAUACACAUUUUAAUAGAAAUAAAAAUUAUUUUCAAAAUAAUCGAAAUAAUUGUGAUAUAUACAACACUUUUUAUAACGACGAGGUGAACGAUUUUAACGAACCCAUCUCGCAUGGAUAUGAUCAAUACAUGCACAAAAAUAAAACAUAUGAUAAUAUUAAUAAAAAAACAUGUGCGUUAAUAAGUAUGGGGCAGAAAGGCAGCAAACCCGAAAAAAAAGAAUUAUAUAAUAUUAAUAAUGAUGCAUAUAAUAAUAUAUACAGCAAUUUGACAUAUAAUAAUGCAAAUGACUUUAAAAGAAAAAAAUUUAAUUUAAAUAAUAUUAAGAUUCUCGACGAAGAAGAAGAUAAUUAUAAUAACAACAUAAAUAAUGUAAUAAAUGGAAAGCAUACUGAUGGUUUAUCCAAUAAUAAUCCAUAUCAUUAUAAUCAACAAAAUAAUACAACUAAUUUUCGUAGUUAUAAAAAUGAUAAUACAAAAGAUACAUCAUAUAAUUAUACAAAAUUUAAUAGAGAAUAUGAAACAAAUGUUAGUGAUGGAAAAUAUAAAAAUAGUGAUAAAUAUGGUAUGAAUUAUAAUGAUAAUAAUUAUAUAAAUGAUCGUCGAGCUAAUAGUUCCAAUUUGAAUGUUAGAGCAUUUCCUUUAUCUAAUCAAGAUUUGGGAAAUGGUGAUAAUCAAAAUAGUUUUAAUAAAAUUGAUAAAAAUAAUUUACAAUUUAUUUAUAAUAACUAUAAAAAUAAUGAUACCAAUUUUUAUUAUGACAACAAAUUAAAAAAUUACAAUUAUAACAUAGCACCAGGAACAAAUCCUGACAAUGUUAAUAACAUGUUAGAUGAAAAUAUGAACGCAAAUAAAGAACCUAUAAAUUCAAAUAGACCAUAUACUGAUUAUAUAAGAAAUGAUGAAAAGCAAGCAGAAAAAAUUUUCAACAAUUUGAACAAUUUGAACAGCUUGAACAAUGAAAAUUGCCCGUUUGAUAAAGUUGGGGGAAACAAUGAGGAUAAAAAUAAGUAUCUGUACGAUAAUAAAAAUAAUUCAAAAGUUAUGAAUCCAUACAAUAAUGAAAAUUAUUCUGAACAACGUUCCUCAUUUUAUUCAAAGAAUCAAAAUGGAAUGACAAACAAAAACCAUUUGCUCUAUCCCAAUCUUCUAUCUUUCAGAAACAAAGAAAAUGAUGACAAUGAAAUAAAAAUGGAAAAAAAAAUAAAUUUAUUAAAAAAUAUUAUAGUUCAAAGCCCAACAAAAAAAUAUAACUCAAGUUUAAAUGAUGAUAUGUAUGAUAGUUAUGCUAAAGAUCAUUUGUAUCAAAACAUAAUUAGUGAAUAUAAUUCGAAUACUGGGAUAUUAGAUAAAAAGGCAAAAUAUAUAAAUAAAGAAAACUCAAAUUUUGAAGGAAAUAAUAAUACCAAUCUUUGUGAUGAUUUAAACUCAUUUGAAAAACUUAAUGAGACACCAAAUGUAUUUAAUAAAAAUAAUUUUGCAAACAAAGAUAAUUUUGCAAACAAAGAUAAUUUUGCAAACAAAGAUAAUUUUGCAAACAAAAAUAAUUUUGCAAAUAAAAAUAAUUUUGCAAAUAAAAAUAAUUUUCGAAGUGAUGAUCAUUUCCGAAGUGAUGGCAAUUUCCGAAGUGAUGACCAUUUUCGAAGUGAUGGCAAUUUCCGAAGUGAUGACCAUUUCAAUUAUAGAGAAGAUAGAGAUUUAAAAAAUUCCAAAGAUGAUAAUAAAAAAUAUCAUCGUGACAAUCCAAAAGGAAAAAGAAGCCACUCUUUUGUUGAUUAUUAUAAUAAUUUAAAACACAUGAGUAUACAAGAUGUCCCAGUUGAUUUAUCAAAUAAUUUAUAUGGUAAUAAAUAUUCUAAUCUUACACAAUAUUCUAAAAAUGGAUAUGAAAAUAAAACAUAUAACUAUUUGAGUGAUAGUGUUUCAGAUAAAACACGAUUAGUAGAAGGGGCAUAUCCUAAAGAUAAUAUAUCAUCACUUUAUAAUGGUACAAAUAAAAAUGAUGAUUAUAUUGAUAAAUUAAAUUAUAAUGAUGAAAACACUUAUAAUAGAUUCAAUAAUCUUUUCAAAAAUUCUGAACUACGAAAUACAGAAUUUUUGAGAGAUGGUACAAAAAUAAAUCUUCAAAAUGAUGUAAAAGAAAAUUUUAAAUUUAAUGCUAGCCCAUCUGAUACACAUAAUAAACCAUUUGAUAAUUACGACCUUUAUAAUCCGAAUAAUAAUAAAAAUCAUAUUAACAAUAAUUUUAGAAAUCAUAUAUAUAACAAAAAUGAUAUGACCACGUUUCCUAUUAAUAUUCCUGUAAACCCGAGAUCUAUGCCUAAAAAUGUUAUUUCAAAUUUGGAAAAAAAAUCAUCCACAAUUUUUAAUAAUAAUGCACAUUAUUCCAAUUUGAUAGUAAACAAUCGUAAUCACGGAACGAAUGAAACAACGUUAUCUUUAAAUUCGAAUUUUAUAACAAAUUUUGAAGAUGGUAAUAUUGUAAAAAAAGAAAAUUAUAAUAGUAAUAAUAAUAAAAUAAAAAAUAACGAUUUAUUUUACACAAAUUUGAGAAAAAAAUAUGGUCUUAUCGACAAUGAUAAUGACAAUAAUGACAAUAGAAAUAGCAAUAAUAAUAGCAAUAAAUAUAAAUACAAAAUAAAUACCAAUUAUGAUUGUAACAUUGCAAGUACUGCUAGCAGCAUUUCAAGUAUUCCAAAUAACAAAGAAGAUAAAUUAGGAUCUAUAUUUAUUAAAAAAAAAAAUGAUUCCCAAAACUUUGUGUCAAAUGAUCCCCAAAACUUUGUGUCAAAUGAUCCCCAAAACUUUGUGUCAAAUAAUAUGUACAACUUUUCGACCCAUAAUCAACAAAAUGAAAAUACAAUUAACACUAAAAAUAUGAACCAUCAAUAUAAUGACAUGAUUACACGAAAUAGGCAAUAUAAUAAAGCUCAAAAUUUAUCAGAUCCAAAUUAUAAUAUAUUUUCUAAUAAAAUUAACAAAAUUGAUCAACACAUGUUUCGAAAAAUUGAUCAUAAUUUAUUUAAUCAUAAAUCUUCAAAUAUUAAUACAGAACCCAAUUCUUUUCAAAGACCAAAUUAUUAUGAUAAUGAUGAUGAUGAUAAAAAAAAUAAAAAUAUUUUUAAUAAUAUUAUUAAUAAAUUUACAAACGAUACAGAUAAUAAUAAAAAUGGAAUAUAUGAUAAAAGUUCGAUAAAAGCAUUACCCUCUUGUUUAAAUUUGAAAGUAGAUUCAAAUUUACAAGAAGAAAAUAUUUUUAGCAAAAAUUUUACAAGUGCUGGUCCUUUAAAUUCAGGAAUAAAUAAUAUUAAUCUUUUUCAUAAUGUUAAUAAAAAAAAUAUUAACACUAAAGGAAAUAAUACAUACAAUUUGAAUUUAAAUAAACAGUUGCCACCAUUGCCUUUUAAAAGUUUUGUAAAAAAUAAUGUUAUAAAUAACGAAUUUUAUGGAAAUAAUAAUGAUCAAAAUUUAAUUAAUGAUAAUAUGAACACACGAUUUGGGCAACGAAACAUUUUAGGUAUGAACAAGUCAGAAGAAAUGAACACAAAUAAACCACUUUUUAAUAAUAUAUCAAAUGAACCACUUUUUAAUAAUAUACCAAAUGAACCACUUUUUAAUAAUAUACCAAAUGAACCACUUUUUAAUAAUAUACCAAAUGAACCACUUUUUAAUAAUAUAUCAAAUAAACCACUUUUUAAUAAUUAUAAUUUUGAAAAUACCAAAAUAAAAACAAACAUAGAAACAAAUAAUAUGUUUGAUAAUAAUUAUAAUUUUACAAAAGAUGAUCAAAACAAAAAUUUUAUUCAUGAUAAAGAAAUUGGCCAAAAUGAUUCAGACAAUCUCCUGAACAAGUCAUAUAUUAUGAACAAAGAUAAAUAUAACAUAAAUCAACAAAAAAAUAAUUAUUUAUAUAAAAAAUAUGAAACAAAAGAUAAUAAUUUUGUGUCCUCUUAUAAAUAUAACACUAAUUAUGAUUAUCAUAAGGAUGUACUCAAAACGGAUAUAAAUUAUAACCAAAAAUUAGGAAAUAAUUUUCUGAACAGCAAUAUAAAAAAUGAGUAUAAUAGUGGCAAUAGUGGCAGUAGAUUGUUCGAUGCAAAUAAUAUCCUUACAGAUAAAGGAGAUAACCAAUAUAAUUUAGGGAAAGAAAAAAAAAAUUAUUUAUCUUAUAAUAAAUAUGAAGAUAACAAUUCUAUAACAAAUAAACCAUGGAAUUAUAAUAAAAAUAAAGACAUAUCACUAGGAAAUAAUAUUUCACUUUUAUUAGAAAAAUUAAGUGACUAUUCAGAAAAAAAUGAUAAUCAAUAUACCAAUAUAAAUAAUUAUGAUAAUAAUAACUAUUUUGAUGAGAAUCGUGAUUCUAACUCUUUGCAAGUUAAUACAAUAAAUUAUAAUGAUAAUAUAAAUAUAGAUACAAAUAAUAUAGUUAUAGAAAAUAAUCAUAUAUGUUUUUUUGGGCUAUCUACUUUAUAUAGAUGUAAAUUAAAAGAUCAAAAUUUGUCAUUUAUUGUAAAUCUUGUUGAUUCAAUAUAUCUUAAUAGUCAAAAUGGUAAUGAUACAGUUGCGAAUAAUAUAUUGUUUCACAAAAGACUUCGACAUAUAAAUAUUUUACCAUAUAAAGGUAAAGCAGCCGAUAAAAAUAAACUAUAUUUAUUUUUCGAAAAUAUACGUGGAAAUAUUUUAAAAGCAUAUACUGCUCCGAUUGAAGAAAAUAUUAUUGCUUCAUAUGCAUAUCAAAUUAUAGAUUUGUUGGAAUAUAUGCACACAAAUUUUGUCAUAUCCCAUGGACUGUUUUCUAACAUAAUAUUAAUACAAAAAAAUACCAAGGAAGAACUAGUGCAAAUUUUGAAUGAGAAAAAUAAAAAUAUUAAUAAAUAUUUUGACAUAUAUAAGCAUGGGAUAAUAAAAGUCUUUAAUUUUGAUUUUUCUAAUAUAGAUGCAAAUGAAAACGAUUAUGAGUUUGACUUUUUUUGCCUGGCAACCCUAAUCUACGAAAUGUGCACAAAAUAUAAUACUUACUAUUCCAGCAAAAUUGAGGGAAUGUACGAACAGAUACACAAUACAAAUUUCUUUUUCCCGCAUUUUGUUUCCUUCGAAUUAAAAAAUUUUUGUUAUGAACUUUGCUCAAAGAGAAGGCAUUGUUUUAGCGACCUCAAAAAGCACGCCUGGUUCCAAAAACAUUUUAAUUUUUAA